AUGGACAACCCGGCACCAAUCGAGGACUUCUACUCGCAGUACAAAACUUCCAAUAUGCAAGCAAUCUACAAGGACCUGUAUCCAUCGCCCGGGUCGGAUCCAGCAGAAGAAGAUGCGCUUGUGCAGAAGCGUAUGGAGGUGGCCAAGUCGGCACCUGGCCUCGAACAGCAGAAGAAAUCCUUUACAGCUGUCAACGAGCGGGCAGCCCAGGAACGUGAAGAAGCCGGGGUGAAGGCGCGCGACUUUGCGAUUGUUCUACCAGUGGGAUGCUGCGCAAGAUGUCAGAAACACGGCUGA